AUGGCUUUAGAAAAAAUCGCCAUGACCCAGCGUGCGAUGGUUGAAGAACAACAAGCACGAAUUGGAAAUCAAAAAUGGACUCAAUACUUAGCUGCCUUUAUUGCAACGAUUGGUGGGUUCAUCGCGGGUACAGCCCUAGGAUGGACAGCUCCAGCCGGUCCAAUGAUGGAAAACAAUCAGUAUUCAUUCGUUAUUUCAAAUGAAAGUCUCGCGUGGAUUGGAGCGUGUAUGCCACUUGGUGCCAUGCUUGGAUGUCCGGUUACCGCUGGCCUAGUCGAUAAAUUGGGACGUAAAAACAUGAUGCUAAUGUUGUCUAUCCCAGCACUUGUCGGUUGGGCAAUGAUAAUAUGGGCAGAAUCUGUGGCAUGGAUCUGUGCUGGCAGACUUUUGACCGGAUUCUCCAGUGGUUCGUUGUCUGUAAUUGUACCCUUGUACACUUCUGAAAUAGCUGAAAAGGAAAUUCGUGGUACUUUGGGUACAUACUUUCAGUUACAAGUCACUGGAGGAAUUUUAUUCACCUAUAUCGUUGGAUCUUAUUUCAAUAUAUUUGGUCUGACUCUAAUUUGUGGUAUUAUUCCAAUCGUAUAUGUGGCUCUGAUGGUUUUAAUUCCAGAAAGCCCAAACUUCCAUCUCAUGAAAGGAAACGUCGAAAAAGCUCGUUUAUCUUUAAGAUAUUUCCGUGGACCAUACGGUACUGUGGACCAAGAAUUGUCUAUAAUGCAAGACUCGUUAGCGAAGACUGAAAGAGAAAGAGUUCCGUUAAUGGAAGCAUUCCAAACAACUCCAGCUAAACGCGGUUUGUUUAUUGGUCUCGGAGUUAUGCUUUUGCAACAAUUUUCUGGGUGCAAUGCUGUUAUAUUCUACGCUACGUAUAUCUUUAAAGAGUCUGGAAGCGCAAUGGAACCAAAUAUGUCCACAAUUAUCGUUGGUAUUAUGUCGGUAAUUGCCACUUAUGUUUCUACACUGAUCGUUGACAGAUUAGGAAGAAAAAUUCUCCUUUUGGGUUCAAUUAUUGUCAUGGGAAUUUGUACGUUGUUAAUUGGAGGUUUCUUCUUCAUGAAAGCUAACGAAUAUGACGUAUCAUCAAUUGGAUUUAUUCCACUUGUAUCCAUGUGUGUAUUCAUAGUCCUGUUCUCUCUUGGUUUUGGUCCAAUCCCAUGGAUGUUGAUAGGUGAAAUUUUCCCAGCACAAAUCAAAGGUACCGCUUGCUCGAUCGCCUGUAUGGCCAACUGGUUUUUCGCUUUCAUUGUCACGAAAUUCUUUUCUUCGUUGGUAUCUGCCAUUCAUAUAUACAAUACAUUCUGGUUAUUCACAUUUUUCUCCGUGGUGGGUACUUUCUUCGUAAUUUGCAUCGUUCCUGAGACCAAAGGCAAAACGAUGGAUGAAAUUCAAGAAAUACUCGGCGCGGGCAAUGAUCUCACACCACCAACACAUGCCAAUGCUUCCAUCGACACCAAAGGAAAAUACUAAAUUAGACCUUACUAAAGGAUUAGAAAACCGUUCCAUCUCUACCUUCCGGAAUAGUAUUAACAUGAUUGUGUUAUUGAAUCAAUAAUACUAAUCAUUAAUUUAUACAAACGAAUUGAUAAUUGCAUCUGUUAAAAGGUGCUAUCUUUUUAUAGACAAUUAUUUAUUGAAUAAUCAUUAGUGAAAUCAUUAUCAAAUAUAGUUGCAGGAAGGCAGACUUGUUAACAUUAUCUCUUUCUUACAGCAUAAUAUGACUUAUGGCUGUGAUCGUGAUGUAUACUUUUACAUUUAGACAAUGAGAAACAUUAUUAACUAAAAAAUUAUUUAUAUUGACAGUUAUGUAUUUAUCAAUUUUUAUAUCAUCAUAUCAUUAUAUAUUUUAUUUAUGAACAUAUACUUAAUCAUUUCAUUGUUAUAAAACUGAUCAAUUAUAUUAAUUUUUCAUUUAUGUUUUUUUAUGUUUUCUUUUAAGUGUAAAGUUACCACAAACAUUGUUUGAUAACCACUGUUGAAACUAUCAAUUUGGAUGUUGACAAUGUUUUGGUGAUUUGAAUCUGUGAUACUUUGGAAUAACUAGCUAUUUUGUAUUAUGCUAAAUGUGUGUAACCAAACGAAUAAGAGUCCAAUGCAAUAUUAGUUAAUAAGUACCUACUUAUUUAAUUGUUUUUUAAGUUUUUAAUUUAUUAUAUGAUUGUACUAUGUUGUACUUACCAAUAAAGAAAUAAAAUCUUUAUUGAAUAUA